CAAACACGACCUUGAAAAAGUCUCAAACCUCUGGUCCUUUUUCUCUCUCCAUCUGCAAAUUUUUGACUUUAUUUGUCGUCUUUUUUUCCACCUUUAGCAACAAAUUACAAAUCUCUCUCUCCUCGAGCUUUUCUUCGACGUCAAAGAAUGACUCGCGGAAACCAAAGGGAACGUGAUCGUGAAAGAGCCCAGGCUCGCACCGGCGGCAAGGGCAGUAAAGGCAAAGACGAUGGAUUAACCCCUGAGCAGCGUCGGGAAAGGGACGCAAAAGCUUUGCAAGAGAAAACAGCGAAGAAGGCAGCUCAGGCUGCAGGAGGGGAAUCAUCAGGAGGUAAAGGAAAAAAUGAUAAGAAGUAAAACGAGAAGUUGGUUAUAUUGAUUGGCGGUGUCUUUUUAAUUUUGUUGUAAUGUACCCUUUUUUGUAAUUGUAAUUGUUGUGUUAAUUUUAGGGUUUAUUUGCUGCUAAUUACUGUUAAAUGAUUUAAGAUUAUUUGAUUUGUCUUGGCCGAAAUAUUGGUAAGGUUGGAGUUCAGAUAACAGUUGAUGUGUUAUUUAAUAAUCUAUACUGGUUUUUAUUUUGA